AUUGGUCCCAGCCAUGACUAGCACAUGGGUAGCGAGUGAGCCGCACGGCUCUGGCUUUGGUUAGUUGUUUAUGGACUCGCGUGUGAAGAAGCAGGCGGCCGACAGGGACGAGGAAAACAGAGCACACGCCGAGAGAAGGAUUGCAGCGAAGUAAGCCAGGCCUGCGAGAUGGCCAACCCCAAGAAGACGCUGAGCAACCUCACCCCCUUGAUGCCGGUCAACAUUGAGUUCUCCGACCUCAACUACACGGUCCACCAGAACGGAUACGGUCCAAAAACGAUUUUAAGAAACAUCAAUGGGCUCUUCAAGUCGGGCGAGCUCACUUGCAUCUUGGGACCUUCGGGAGCCGGGAAAAGCACACUCCUCAAUUUGCUUGCGGGAUACAAGUCCGCCAAUGCCACCGGCACGAUAUUUGUGAACGGACGUCCACGAGACAUGCGAGUCUUUCGCAGGAUCUCCAGGUACAUAAUGCAGGAGGACCUGCUGCAACCUCACCUGAGCGUGGAUGAGGCCAUGUACGCAGCCUCGCAACUCAAACUUGGACUUAACCUAGACCCUAAACAACGCCAAGCCACAGUGGACGAGAUUCUCGACUUGCUCAGGUUGAAAAAAGCGAAGCACACAAGGACCGAAAAGCUGUCUGGGGGAGAGCGAAAGAGACUGAGCAUCGCCCUGGAGAUGAUCAACAAUCCUCCUGUAAUGUUCCUUGACGAGCCCACAACGGGUUUGGACGACCUCUCCAGUGCCCAGUGUUUUUCCCUUUUGAAGGCGCUAGCCGCUGGCGGUCGGACGGUCGUCUGUGUGAUUCACACGCCAAGUGCGCGCCUCUUCCACAUGAUCGACAACGUAUACAUAGUCGCAGAAGGACAGUGCGCAUUUCAGGGCAAAGGCCAAGAGGUCAUCCCGUUCUUAGAGAUGUCCUGUGGCCUCAGCUGCCCCAAAACCUACAACCCUGCUGAUUUCGUUCUGGAGGCGGCCUGUGCGGAGUACGGCGAACACGACGUUGAGCGUAUGGUGGCCGCCGUGGAAAACGGACGUUGCCACAGGUGGACGCCCGAUUAUCAACACCAGUCACCUGCCAGAACAACAUCUAUAGACGAAGAUUCCCAACAAGUGGUUGAGUGUUCAGACAUGUCAUUUAAUGAUGCCAAUCAUCUACUUAAGCACGAUUUUGGCUUUGCCUUGUCUGGAUGGGACCAAUUCAGAGUACUCCUUUGCCGAAUGCUCCUACAAGUCUGGAGAGACUCAAGUCACUUAACGCUCAAGUUAAGUCUUCACCUAGCCUUAGGAAUAAUUAUUGGAGGAAUGUUCUAUGAUAUGGGCAACGAUGGUUCAAAAACCAUGUUCAACUUUGGAUUUUGCUACACUUGCAUCAUUUUCUUCCUGUACAUUCCCAUGAUGCCUGUUUUAUUGCAAUUUCCUAUUGAUGUGAAAAUACUGAAGCGAGAAUACUUCAACCGGUGGUAUAGUCUUGGUGCUUACUAUGCCGCUUAUACCAUAUCACACCUUCCUCUGCAGUUAUUUUUGGGAACAAUGUACGCAACCCUCGUUUACUACCUCUCAGGGCAGCCGAUGGAAGUACUUAGACUGGCUCAAUUUUUGUUCAUGUGUUUGAUGGUGUCUUUGGUGUCAGAGAGCCUGGGUCUUGCCAUUGGCUCAACCCUCGGAAUUGUGAAUGGAAUGUUCAUGGGACCUGUGCUUUCGGUUCCUCUGAUGCUGCUCUCUUGCUAUGGAAUGGGCUCUGGAUCGGCAGACAUUCCAAUUUUGAUCCGAAUCGGCAUGAACUUGAGUUACCUGAGAUACGGCCUCGAAGGGAUCAUUGUCACCAUGUACCGCCUCGGACGCAAGUCGCUGCCUUGCCCGAUUGAUUAUUGCCACUUGCGAGAGCCCGAGGCACUUCUGAGACAUGUUGGAAUGGAAAAUGUGCAGUACUGGCAAGAUGCAGUUCUCCUCAUUUUGAGUUUUGUUGGUCUCCGCUUGUUUACUUACGUUCUGCUGAAGUACCGAUUAAGCUCAAGGAAAUCCAUCCAAGCAGUGACUAAGAUCGGCCAGCUGGUCAAAACCAAAUUUGGGUCAAAGAGAACAAAAAGGUCCGCAGCAUAAAAAUUGUUAUAUAUUUUUAAUAUAGCUUUUAGAUUCUGUCAUGUACUUAAGAUAUAUAAAAUGAUUGCAAGACACUAAUAACUUUGUUUUGAUUUAUUUUUUAUCGUUGUUCUCGCACUCUGUAUAUAUUUAUACAAAAAUAAAAAAAUGAAAAAUAUUAACAAUGAUGGAUUUUUUUAAAAAAAAAACCAAUCAUGAAUCUCAACUUAUUAUUAUAGCUUCAAAAUUAAGAAUAAAAUGGCUGUGAUUUUGC